AUGAAAUUAGGCUUAAUUUAGAUGGUUAUGAAAUAGGAAAUCCCGAUAUUAGAAUUAGUUAUUAUUCAGUUAUAUGUUGAUAGUUCAUUCAAAAUUAAUUUCUCAAAUUAAUAAACCUAAGAAAUUUAAUUACUAACUUAUUCUUAAUUUAAGAACUCUUUAGAUUUCGACAUAUAAAUAAUUGAUAAUGAAAUAAAACUCUAUUAGAAAAAUAAAUUAUCUAAUACUUAUAUAAAGACUAGUUUUGAUUUAUUCGGAGUAUAACUAAAUAAACAUAUGAUAAAGAAACUAAAUAAUAUGGUAGAAUACAAAAUGAUUAAAUUGAAUUCAGACAGCUAUUUGAUUGUUUGGGCAGCCAUUGAAUCAUUUUAAUAUGAAAUAUUUUUUUAGAUUUAAUAAUAAGAUGGUAUUGCAUUAACAAAUGCUGAAUAAAUAUUAAGUGGAAGUGAAAUCUAUAAACUUGAUUUAUAAAUAAAUUUACUUUCAAAUUCCAUAUUGAUAACUUGGAGAGAAGGUUCACAAUUUUCAGAUAUGAGUUUGAAUUCUGCUUAUAAAAGAAUAUUGCUAUCUAAAGAAUCUUAUAAUUUGAAGAAUAGUGUCUUUCAAAUUAAUUAAGAGAAUACUUAUACGAAAUCAUUAGGAAAAGUUGAAGUAGUAGAAUUACCAAAUCAAGAUAUAAUAUAAUAAAAAAUAUUUAAUAUAAUGUUUUACAACAUUUUGUCUGAAACCUAAAUGAUCAACUCAUACAAAAUUAAUGAAACAGGCGGUAAGGUAGAUUUAACUUAGACGAGGUGCAGGUAUGCUUGCCAAGAAUGUAAUUAUUAAGGAUUCUAUUUCGAAUGUACAAAUCCUGAUCUAUUUAUAUUAUAAGUAGAUGGAAAUUGUGUAAAGAAACCUCAAAAUUGUGUUAACUUCAAAUCCAAUUGUCUGGAUUGUAUUGAUGGUUAUUACAAAACUCAAUAUCUAACAUGCGAGAAAAUUUAUUAAUAAAUUGUAAAAAACAUUCCUUUGGAUUAUUAAAGCUACUAUUAAUUUUUCUAUUAAGUUGCCACCUACUCAAAUGGUAAUUUUGUGGUUGUAGGUUUUUAAAGAGGAUAAUGUUAUUGA